CGCCGAUGCGCUUUUGCUCUCUGGAUGCUCGCUCGACCUGGCCAUGGAUCCUCCGGCAUUUACUCACAACUCUCGCAAGCGUCUGCACACCGAGCCGCAGUCUCCGCCCCAUUCCUGCGGCGGGUUUGCCCUCCCGGUCUCGCCCAGGUGCAAGCCCCAGCCGCUCGCGCGUCGCCCAAGCACUCUCUACGACCACCGCUAUCUGCUUGUCAAGAUCUCCUUUGCGCUGACCAUCCUGAGCAUCUUUUGGAUCCUCUGGAUUGUCCUCAAGCUCAAGGCGCAUCCAUUCUUUACCCUGUGGGAGCUCACCUACACCGAUGCCGACGAGCGCAUCUCGAUUCUGCAGAUCCGCAACGACUGGAAGAUCAUCGUCCCAGAUUCGCGGCUGCCCGAGGCAGCAGACGACGCGCGCCUUGAUCAGCAAAGAUUGCCGCUCCAGCCCCAAACGCAACAGCAAUCGCAGCAGCUGGGCCCGCUGUGGGCUCGUGGCGAUCGCAAAUCAAAGCUCGUGCCCGUUGCAUUGCUGCCUCAGCGAUAUUCAUGGCUUUCGGCAAACACAAGAUGGAGAGAGCUGUUUGGCGCGUCCCCGCGGGUGCUGAUGGCCAUCCAGACAUCUCAAGGCCAUGCCGUCUCGCGGGUGCCGGUUCAGAUGGUCACCUUCUUGAAAGGCCACAGCUUUGUCCUUCUUGCGCGCGAGCCCGGCGUCAGCGUUUCGAGCCACCAUGCCCUGCACAUCUCUCCGCAGUGGAUUCCAGAGACCGCCCCAGAGAUCCCUGAGGAUGGCUCGGGUACGCCAAAGCAAGUACUCUCAGACCCGGCCCUGGUCGCUGGCAGCCGCGACGGCCUCCAAUCGGCACAGCUCCGGUCGCCUGCCGUUACUUCAGUCCAUCGAUCCCACAGCAGCCCGUCACCCGGCGCCUGGACGGCUCUCCAGCGUCUCCUCGCUAUCGGGGUCCUCUACGAUUCCCACCCGCACAGCGACUGGUAUCUGCUCGCGGACGACGAGUCCUAUGUGUUUGUCCAAAGCCUGGCCAGCCACCUCGCCUCGUUGGACGCCAGUAAGGAACACUAUCUCGGCUCGAUCCCGAUGCCACAGACCCAGGAGGCCCAAAGCAAGCCUGUGUCGUUGCUGGAGGCAUUCAGUCCAGUCCAUCCACUUGCAGUCUCCCGACAAGCCGCCAAACGCAUCUCGACGGAGCUCGAAAAGUGUCUGCGCAGACAUGAGCGAGAUGGAGACCCUGCAUCGGAAGCAUCUCAACCCACAGACGCAUUGCGCUGCUUGCACAGCAUCACCAUUCCCUCCGCCAGCGAGCUGCCGGGGACUCUCCGCUUCAAGGCGGCGGCAUCCGCGCUCGCCACCGACCCAAGCUCUGCCAAACCGCCAACUUUCCCGCCGGUCUCUGGGCCGUGGCCGGCCGAUCCCUGUUUGGCGCCGACUGUGCUCUCUGGCCUGGCCCCACAAGACAUCCAAUGGCUGCACCGUUUCGAGGGACGCAUCCACAACUAUGGCCAGCUGCUCGAGUGCAUUACGAGUGGAGAGAUUUCAAAGAGCAAGGCUGUGCAGGACUAUCGCAGUGACAUUGGUGUCGCUCGCGGUGCCGUCGUCAGCGCCCCGUCGGCCGACUCUUGCCGCGAUGCCUGCAUCCAAGACGAUGGCUGCCAGACCUGGGCUUAUCAAAACGCCAACACAUGUCGACUGACGGCCGGCAUCGACCAGAGUGUCGCCGACCUCGGCACUGGUUUAUGGGGCAUUAUCGCCAAUCGCUACCAGUGCCCCCUGUGAUCAACGCAGUCCCACAAUCGACUGUGGGAGUGACCGUGUUGCAGCGAGCGAGUCGAAUACAUCAACGCAGCAAUCGGCUGGUGGUAUUUGUGGGGGGGGGUAGUAACCUCCCUGCCCCGGCGGUAUAUCAGCAACAGCGAGCAUUGUCUGGGAGUGCAGGGAGCGCAUGUGCAAAGGACAACCAAGUACAAAGCCAUCCACCGCCAGCGCCAUUCGAACACGACAGGAAAUAUACGAUGUGAACCGAGAUCGCAGCCACGACUAUGUACUGGCGGAAUAAACA